AUGCCCAGCCUUUGCGCAACGACACUGGUGGCCUUGGGCUCGCUGCAGGGAGCCACUGCCUGGGGAGUGCUGGGUCACGCAACAGUAGCCUACGUUGCACAGCACUAUCUCGCCCCAGAGACUGCGACAUGGGCGCAGAGCCUCCUGGCUGAUGCUUCCGAUGCCUACCUGGCCAACAUCGCCUCCUGGGCGGACCAGUAUCGCGCCACGGCCGCGGGCAAGUGGUCUGCCCCUUUCCAUUUCAUCGAUGCGCAAGACAACCCGCCCAGCUCGUGCAAUGUGGACUACGACCGCGACUGCGGCAGCUCCGGAUGCUCCAUCUCGGCCAUUGCCAACUACACGCAGCGCGUCGGCGACGGCCGUCUCAGCAAGGCCCAGGUGACCGAGGCGCUCAAGUUCCUGGUGCACUUCAUCGGCGACCUGACGCAGCCGCUGCACGAUGAGGCGUAUGAGCUCGGCGGCAACGGCAUCAACGUCACGUUUGACGGCUACGACGACAACUUGCACGCGGACUGGGACACGUACAUGCCCCAGAAGCUCAUCGGCGGCAAGGACCUGGCGCAUGCGCAGACCUGGGCAAACACGCUGGUGCAGGACAUCGAGGCCGGGGGCUACAAGGCCCAAGCACCGGGCUGGAUCAAGGGCGACAACGUCAGCGACGCCAUCGGCACGGCCACGCGCUGGGCUUCCGAUGCCAACGCGUACGUCUGCUCCGUCGUCAUGCCCAACGGCGCUGCGGCCCUGCAAACUGGUGAUCUGUACCCAGACUACUACAACUCUGUCACCGCCACCAUCGAGCUGCAGAUUGCCAAGGGAGGCUACCGUCUCGGACACUGGCUCAACACGGUCUACGCGUCCAAGGUGGGCAAGCGAGCCGAGGGCGGUUUGCCAUCGAUGCGGGACGCCACGCUGCCGGACUUGACAGGCCGCGAUCUACUGCCGGAUCCGCGUCCGUUGAGUCGCGCAGAGCUGGCCAGGGCGGCCAUGUCUGGAUCGUGUUGUACUCAUUCGCAUUAA